UGCCAAGUUCCAAACCUUCAAAACAGUAAUGGACGUUCACCGAUUUUACUCCCUAAAAUCACGCGAUUUCCACUUCUGCCAUGAAUUCACCGGGACAUCAUUCACCAUCGUUCGCUCCGACGCGGCAAAACCCGCCGCAAAGGUAAAAACAAAAGGAAUCGGAUUCAAGCAUGCUACCAUUACGAAAUCGGCUGCUGUUCUUACGGCGGCGAAGCCGGUGCAGAUUUCAAAGUCUCAUUCAGAUGAUACAUUGGUACCAGUAGUACACCCGAGCUCGUUACAAUGCGAGGAAGGUUAUUUGUUACCGAAUUUCCCUCGUGGUGAAAUAGGUUACAAUUACGUCAAAGAAAUAUUGACUUCAAAAGUGUAUGAAUUAGCUGAUGAAACGCCUCUCCAACUUGCACAUAAGAUAUCAGAUAGGUUGGGGGUAAAUGUAUGGCUCAAACGUGAAGAUCUUCAUCCGGUCUUCUCAUUCAAGGUCAGAGGAUCUUACAAUAUGAUGGCGAAACUCUCAAAGGAACAGUUAGAAAAGGGGGUUAUAUGCUCAUCGGCAGGAAAUCAUGCACAAGGUGUUGCAUUAGCUGCCCAGAGACUUGGCUGCAAUGCAGUGAUUGUGAUGCCCGUUACCACACCAGAAAUUAAAUGGAAAUCAGUUGAGAGAUUGGGUGCAACUGUUGUUCGUGUGGGGGAAACAUAUGAAGCAGCACAAGCAUAUGCCGUAGCUCAGGGCAAAGAAGAAGGCCGUGCAUUCAUCCCACCUUUUGAUCACCCUGAUAUCAUAAUAGGACAAGGUACGGUUGGAAUGGAGAUUAAUCGCCAAUUCAAAGAUAAGAUACACGCAAUAUUUGUCCCUGUUGGUGGAGGGGGUCUUAUAGCUGGCAUUGCUGCUUAUAUGAAAAAAGUCGCCCCUGAUACAAAGAUCAUUGGUGUUGAGCCAGUGGAUUCAAAUUCAAUGGCGUUGGCAUUACACCAUGGUCAAAGAGUAAUGUUGGAGCAAGUUGGAUCUUUUGCAGAUGCAGUAGCUAUUAGAAUGGUCGGUGAAGAAAGUUUCCGUCUCUGCAGGGAAUUAAUAGAUGGUGUGGUCUUAGUUAAUCAUGAUGCUAUAAGUGCAUCGAUAAAGGACAUGUUUGAAGAGAAGAGAAGCAUACUGGAGCCGGCAGGUGCACUUGCCCUUGCUGGAGCUGAAGCAUACUGUAAGUAUUAUGGCCUGAAGGGUGAAAACAUAGUAGCGGUAACUAGUGGAGCCAACAUGAACUUCGACAGACUUAGAUUGGUAACUGAACUCGCGGAUGUUGGUAGACAGAGGGAAGCUAUUCUCGCUACUUAUAUGCCUGAAGAACCAGGCAGCUUCAAAAAGUUCUAUGAGAUUUUGGGACAUACUAAUAUUACUGAAUUGAAGUACAGAUAUAAUUCUGAGAAAGAAAAUGCUAGAGUACUUUACAGAGUUAGUCUUCACACUAAAUUGGAACUUGAAGUGAUGGCGGACAGGAUGGAAUCAUCACAAUUGCAUACCAUUAAUUAUACAGAUAAUGAAUUGGUCAAAGAUCAUCUAAGGCAUCUGAUGGGUGGCAGAUCAAAUGUUCACAAUGAACAUCUCUGUCGAUUCAUUUUCCCUGAUAGGUCUGGUGCUUUGGUGAAGUUUUUAGAUGCUUUCAGCCCACGUUGGAAUAUAAGUUUGUUACAUUACCGUGCACAGGGAGAAACUGGUGCAAAUGUGUUAAUUGGCAUCCAAGUUCCACAAGGUGAGGUUGAUGAAUUCCGGAAUCGAGCUGAGAGUCUUGGUUUUGAAUAUGUUGUGGAGACUCUCAAUGAGGCUUUCCAGCAACUAAUGCAUUGAAAUGAUUUGUAUGCAUAUUGAAAUUUUGGUCCUUAAGAGAGUGGCUUUUGUCAAUUUUUUGAACCAAAACAAGAUUAUGCUUUAGCUUUAUUCAAAAUAAGAGU